UUCAGUUUAAUCUAACUGCAUGUUGUGCAUCACUGUCCCCAUACUGUAAUUCUUGUCUGUCUGUUGCAGGAGCCAUGGUAAAGUGUAUAGCUGUAGUUCUGUCAGGGUGUGGGGUCUACGAUGGGACAGAAAUCCAUGAGGCGUCUGCUGUACUGGUCCACCUCAGCAGGGCUGGAGCUAAGGUAAGGACUACUUAACGUUUACAUGGUAGUUCAAACUCGUGUCUCUCAUGCUAACCUUCUGAUUGUACAACCCCACUCUAUAGUCAGAUUGCUGUGACAACUACAGACUUCCUCUAGUCUAGAGAGUGGUGCAGAGUUUGUAUUGAUUUGCAUGUCGUCAAUAUGCCUCUAUAUGACUGCUCCUUCUACUGCUGUACUUCUAAUCGUAGUCUCCCCCGGAGUGUUCAGAGUGCUUGUCGUUGGGAAUGCAGGUUCCAAUCUCAUUAGCAUGGACACUACUAUGACUCUCUCCUUCUGGCUUCUCCUGUAGGUACAGAUGUACAGUAUUGACUGUCUAACCCUUAUCACCCCAGGUCCAGAUGUUUGCCCCCAACGUGGAUCAGAUGCAUGUGGUGAACCACUGCGAGGGGAAACCCACGGCGGAGAAACGCAAUGUCCUGCAGGAGAGUGCUCGCAUUGCCCGCGGUGACGUGUCAGACCUUACCAAACUGGACAUCACCGCUUUCGACGCCCUCGUCAUCCCAGGUAAGCAGUACUCCUUCAUUUAUACCUUCAUCAUUAUAUACCUCCAUCACUCUCACUCCAUUAUAUACACCUCUGUCACUAUCAUUCUUCCAUUAUCAUCAGCAUACAACCACAAUCCUUACUCCCCUUUACCGGUUCAGGACCAGGGCUGCUUUCUACUGUGCUCAACCCAACUGUGUCCUGCAGGUGGUUUUGGUGUGGCUAAGAACCUGUCGGACUGGGCUGUAAAGGGGAAGGAGUACACGGUUCAACCCCAGGUAGAAAAGCUGAUUAAGGGGUUCCACAGCGUAGGCAAGCCCCUGGCUAUGUGCUGCAUCUCCCCUGUCCUAGCCGCUAGGGCCCUGCCGGGGUGUGAGAUCACCGUGGGACACGACAAAGAGUGUGAGAGGUGGGUUACGGUGUCAGUGGUGUGUGAGACGGUGUGUGUGUGUGUGUGUGUAUACAGUAUGUCUCUGUUUAAACAUAAGCAGCACAGAAUGUGUGUUUUUAGCCCCUGCUGCUCUUCUCCCUCCCACCACUAGAUGGCCCUAUGCCCAGACGGCGACCACCAUGACUGAGCUGGGCUGUAAACACGUGAAUAAGAACGUGGGGGAGGUGCACAUUGACGUAAAGAACAAGCUGGUCACCACCUCCGCCUUCAUGUGUAACGCUCCCAUACACGAGGUGUUUGAUGGGGUGGGUGUGAUGGUUACAGAGCUGCUCAAACUGGCCUAGAAAGGCUGUGUCCCAAAUGGCACCUUAUUCCCUUUUUUAAUAGUGAUUAUGGGUCAAAAGAAGUGCACUAUAUAGGGUGUCAUUUGGGACUGCACUAUAUAGGGUGUCAUUUGGGACUCUACCUUUUUAGAAUCGGGUUUAUUGUUUUCCUGGAGACCAUCCUGAUCUGAUUUACUCCAGUGUCACUUACUGGAUUGUUUAAAAAGCUGAAACAGACAUAAGAAGCUAUGUAUCUCUACUGUGAUUUGUGCUACUAUCAAAAUUGUAAUAAAAGU